AUGGAGCUGGACUUCGGAAGAGUGGCCAAUAAGACGCUGGGAUUUGAAAAAGUCAUUGCCAUUGGCCUCCCGGAGCGGUCAGACAAAAGGGAUGCCUUGGAACUGAUGGCGUCGUUGACCGGCUUCGAUAUCGAAUGGGUGGAUGGUGUAAAGCCCUCUAGUAUCCCCAACAAGGCUGUGCCGUACGGCAUCGAUCCAGCGGCGAUUCGAGACAACUUCCUCGGGAGCUGGAGGGGCCACAUGAAUGCUAUCCGGCAAGUCGUCGAGCAGGAGAUUGGCUCAGCGCUCAUCAUCGAGGAUGACAUGGAUUGGGACAUCCACCUCAAAUCCCAACUUCAUGAUAUCGCACACGGCGCCCGUCAUAUACUGCGCGAGGCUUCGACGCUGCCUCACUCCCCCUACGGCGAUGGCUGGGACGUCCUGUGGCUGGGCCACUGCGGCGAGCCCUUUCCAGAGACGCUUCAAGAAAAUGCCGGGCUGCCGUUGGACGACAGGGCAGAAAUGUCGGCCAAAUACAUCAUCCACGACGAUGAGACGGUGCCGCCUUACAGCCAAGUAUCCAAGCUCGUGGACUGGUCACAGUAUCCGCCGCGUACGAGGAUCGUCCACACGUCUGCGGCGCCCAUCUGCACCUUUGCGUAUGCCGUUUCCCAAAGCGGAGCGAGAAAGAUCCUCUACGGACUCAGCGUGGAUGGCCUGCACAUGGCCUUUGAUAACUCCUUAGCACAGCUCUGCAGAGACGCCGUGUAUGGGCUGGGACGGAACCAGAGCAGCGGUCUCGACGUAAAGUGCCUCAGCGUCAACCCCACAAUCAUGUUCCAUCACAAAGCAAAGGGACCGGUAUCUGCCGGCAGCGACAUCCAGAAUGUUGGUGGCGACGGCAGUGUCCGUGACCAGGGCGUGACUGAAUCCAUUCGAUGGAGCAUGAGGCUGAAUCUGCGCAACAUACUGACCGGCAAAGAGCUGGAAUCGCAGUUUUAG